AUGCCUUCAGCUCCUUGGCAGCCUUACUCGAGUACAUUCCUGGGCGAUGUCUCUUCAAUUCUCUUCGAUCCAUACGCCGACUUACUUUGGACCGGGUCUUCGAUCGGCACCGUCGUUUCUCAUUUCCUCCCUAAUGGGGUUGGUGGCUCAAACGACGAGUCGAAGUGUCUAAAUCGCUACACCUCAUUCAAGUCUCACUCUAAUCGAACUCCAACUCGUCAGCUCUUGAUUUCCGAACGAGCGGUUCUUAGCUUGGGAGAAAGCUCUGUAAAGUCGACGAGUCGUAGAGGCUUACCUCAAUGGUUUUCGCAACAUGCUCAGGAUGCGCAAUCGAUGGCUUUCAGCAGUACAAAAUCAAACGAGCUGGUCAUUGCUGGAUCAAAGCCUGAACUUAUCACCAUCAACACUGCUAAUGGGGCUUUGAUCCGCAAACUAGACAUCACCCCUACCGCCCCUGUUCCAUCCACUGCCUUCAGCGGGCUCCAUGAUCCUACUUACUUUCCACCUAUCACUCAUAUAAGGCGUUCUCAAAACCUGGUGGCUUGCGGUGCUAGAUCUGGUGUGGUCACCUUGCGCGAUCCGAACACCCUCAAAGAGGAACACUCUAUGAUGGCACAUUACGCUGGACUUGAACAAAUGGAGACCGAAGGCAAUUAUCUCGUCACUUGCGGACUUUCUCUCAAGCAAGGUCAUCCAGUGCGAGACCCUCUUGUCAAAGUCUUCGACGUCCGUGCCCUCCGCCCUUUACCUCCGAUCACUUUCCCUUCAAUCCCGUCAUUGAUUCGAUUUCAUCCUCGCAUGUCCUCAACGCUGUUCAUAGCCUCAUCGCUCGGUCAACUUCAAAUUCUCGACAUCAUCAACCCCAUUCCCGCCAAUUCAUUCUUUCAGCUCGACUGUGGCAGCUAUAUAACAGACCUAUGUAUCGCGGGAACGGGCGAAGGUCUUGCCUAUGUGGAUGCUGACAGCGUUGUCCAUCUUUGGACUACAGGUACUGCUUCAGAUGUUCCUCAUGGACCAAUGAAAUGGAGUAGAGCCACUCAGCCAGUAGAGCUUCCAGACGAACAACCUGAACUCAACGACGCCUUAUUCGACUGGGCUGCGGAUGAUACACCUCUCAGUACUGUCGGAAUGCCAUUCUACUCAUCUGAGUUACUCUCAGUCAUACCGGUUCAAAACUACAUCACACCCUAUUCCCCUUUUUUCCAAGCUCGGCCCAGUAUCGAGCCCGAUCUGCUCUCGGCUGUCCAUCAACGCCAACAGCAACAGUUUCACCAACAUCAUCUCCAUUCUCCCUAUCAAUAUUCUCCAUCCAUCAAUCCUGUCUAUAGUACAAAUGGUAGAACAGAGUUUGAAAAAGUAUGUUAUCUGCCUCAUUCGAAGAAGUCUAAACGCUAUCAAGCUAGCCUACCUGCUUUUUCAUCUGGAGCCAUCUCGGCACAUUCAGUUGCUGGAAGAAUCAUUCCUGGAGUAGGAAAAGGGUCUUCUACCGACACCCGCCGUCGGCUUAGUAUUCCCCUUUUUAGGAGUGAGAAGGAAAAAGAGAAAGAAAAACAAAUGAUGCAAGGCCGAAAGCGAAGAGAGAGCACUGAAGGAAUUUUGGAGGAAGAGACCCUCUUAGCUGGACUCACUCUUGAAGACUUUGAGGACAUGCCUAAGUGGUAUCGUCAAGUUGAGAUCAAAUACAGCAAGUUUGGGAUUGAAGACUUUGAUUUUGGGUUCUAUAAUCGUACAAAAUAUAGCGGAUUGGAGACACACAUAGUCAACUCAUACACAAAUGCUCUCUUACAAGUCUUAUACCACACUCUUCCGAUCCGACACCUUGCCGAGUCGCACAUCACUCUUACCUGUAGCGCCACCAGUUGUAUGCUGUGCGAGCUUGGGUUUCUCUUCAAGAUGAUGGACGACGCAAAGGGUGUAAAUUGUCAGACUACCAACUUUUCACGCGCCUUUUCCAUUAAUCCUCGUGCUAUCGCUCUAGCAUUGAUGGACCACCACCACCAGGAUUUCUUUCUCCAUCGACCUCGCUCUGAUUCCCAGUCACUUGCCUCGAGCUCCAACAACCCCCAUCGGUCAUAUUCAAGUCUCAUACAGUUAUGUCAUCAUUUCUUACUUGAGCAGAUGACCGACGAUGCGCGGAAACAGCCCGGUCUCGGCAUUGUCGAUCCAGUUGCCGUGAUAUACGCCACGAAUUGGCGGACCGAGCAAGUAUGCCCCACUUGUCAACAUUCCUCAGCACGUCCGACUGUUGCAAAAGUUGUUGAAUUGGUCUACCCGCGUCGAGCGUUAUCUAACGAAUCGCCCCCUGGCUCCGAUUUAUGUACCAUCCUACGUCAUUCACUGGCGCGAGAAACUACCGCCAAGUCUCCUUGUUCUCAGUGCGGUCAGAACAGUCAUCAGCGUUGGCGACGCGUCUUCGACAGUGAGACGUGCGUCGAGGGACGCGAGGGACUGCCGGCAAUACUAGCACUACAUGCGGGUGUGACGUCAGUCGAACAGCUAGACUUUUGGCUGGAUAGCAAGCAGCAGCACUCGCAUCGAUUCCUGCAACCUGAAAUCUCAAUUGCGACAAGAGCUGGGACGGCUGAACUGGUUAUUGGGGAUGAUUACCCAGUACCUGCACCUGCAGAUGGCGUUCGAUACGAACUAUGUUCAAUGGUCUUACAAAUUGAGGCAGAAGAUGAAGAACCACACCUCGUGGCACUUGUCAAGGUCGCAGACGGUAGUGGGUGGCAUCUGUUCAAUGACUUUUUGGUCAGAAAAAUUAGUGAGGAUGAGGCAUUGGGUUUUCCUGCAGCUUGGAAGAUCCCUGCUGUUCUAUACUAUCGGCGGAAAGAUUUGGACCAAGCUCUCGAUUUCAGUAUGCUGCCUACCAACAUGGAUCGCUCGAUAUUACUUGAAGACAUCAAUGUAUCUGAACGACGAGACGCAACCAAGAUUCGGCAUCAGGUAUUGAGUGAAGCUGAGCUCCCUGAGAAGGGCGCAUUGGUAGCGAUUGAUGCGGAAUUUGUAUCGCUUCAACAAGAGGAAGUGGAUUAUAGAUCAGAUGGAACUCGAAUUGUGCGACGACCAAGUCGUAUGACGCUAGCUAGAGUGUCAGUUCUUCGUGGAGAAGGAGUUAAAACCGGUGUACCUUUUAUUGAUGAUCAUAUUCAAACAUCUGAGCCUAUCACUGAUUAUCUUACUGAGUAUUCCGGAAUUCGACCGGGUGACCUCGAUCAUCGAUCAUCGCCUCAUACACUUGUACCACUUAAGGUGGCUUAUAAAAAGUUACGGUUGCUAGUGGAUCUGGGGUGUACUUUCAUUGGGCACGGACUUUCAAAGGAUUUUCGUAUCAUUAAUAUACAUGUUCCACCAUCACAGAUUAUUGAUACAGUAGACCUCUACUAUAUUCCGAGUCGACAAAGACGACUUUCACUUCGAUUAUUAUCUUUCUUAAUUUUAAAACAUGAUAUACAAAAUGCAGGUACACAUGAUUCGAUUGAAGAUGCUAAAACUGCUUUACAUUUAUUUGAUUUUUAUCGGCAAUUGGCUAAUGAAGGUGGAUGGGAUGAAGAACUUGAAGAUGUUUAUAGAAAAGGAAAAGCAAUGGGUUGGAAAGUGGUUGCGGCCGUUCCAUCUACCCCGAUGAUCGGUGCAGGAAAGUGAUAUACUCUUAGACAUUCAAGUUCACUAUAUCUAUCAGUUGUAGGUUUUUUGUGCAAUAUUUCAAUAAACUUGCAUACAGCUUGAUUCUUUCUCUCAGAUAUUUGUGUCCUAUCGAAAAUGAAUUAGUAACCUGUUGUAUAUGUACGUCAAUGUGUAUGUAUGAUAUGGAUUAUUGGAAUUAUUUUAUGAGUCACAUUGGGCAUUCG